UGGUCUGUUUGCAGAUGCCAGAAGAAGUGCAUACACAAGAUCAGCCAAUGGAGGAGGAAGUGGAGACAUUUGCCUUUCAGGCAGAAAUUGCCCAGUUGAUGUCAUUGAUCAUCAACACUUUUUACUCCAAUAAAGAAAUCUUUCUUAGGGAGCUGAUUUCUAAUUCAUCUGAUGCUUUGGAUAAAAUUCGGUAUGAGAGCCUGACCGACCCAAGCAAACUGGAUUCUGGAAAAGAUCUGAAGAUCAAUCUAAUUCCUAACAAGCAUGAUCGUAGCCUGACUAUUAUAGAUACAGGCAUUGGGAUGACCAAAGCAGACCUGGUGAACAACCUGGGUACAAUUGCCAAGUCUGGCACCAAAGCCUUCAUGGAAGCCUUGCAGGCAGGUGCAGACAUCUCCAUGAUUGGUCAGUUCGGCGUUGGCUUCUACUCUGCCUAUCUGGUUGCUGAGAAAGUGACUGUCAUCACUAAGCACAAUGAUGAUGAGCAGUAUGCUUGGGAGUCUUCAGCUGGGGGCUCCUUCACCGUCAGGCUGGACAAUGGGGAGCCUCUGGGGCGUGGAACAAAGGUUAUCCUGCAUCUGAAAGAAGAUCAGACAGAGUAUUUGGAGGAAAGGCGAAUCAAGGAAAUAGUCAAGAAGCAUUCUCAGUUUAUUGGCUACCCAAUAACUCUUUUUGUGGAGAAAGAACGUGAUAAGGAGGUGAGUGAUGAUGAGGCAGAAGAAAAGGAAGAAGAGAAAGAAGAAAAGGAAGAAAAAACAGAAGAUAAGCCAGAGAUUGAGGAUGUUGGCUCUGAUGAAGAAGAAGAAAAGAAAGAAGGUGACAAGAAGAAGAAAAAGAAAAUCAAAGAAAAGUACAUUGACCAGGAAGAGCUCAACAAGACCAAGCCAAUUUGGACCAGGAACCCAGAUGACAUUACUAAUGAGGAAUAUGGAGAAUUCUACAAGAGCCUGACCAAUGACUGGGAAGACCACCUGGCAGUAAAACACUUUUCAGUGGAAGGGCAGCUGGAAUUCAGAGCACUUCUUUUUGUCCCAAGGCGUGCACCUUUUGAUUUGUUUGAAAACAGAAAGAAAAAAAAUAACAUCAAGUUGUAUGUGCGCAGAGUGUUCAUAAUGGAUAACUGUGAAGAAUUAAUUCCUGAAUAUCUGAACUUCAUGCGGGGUGUGGUGGAUUCAGAAGAUUUACCUCUGAAUAUCUCCCGUGAAAUGCUGCAGCAGAGCAAGAUUCUAAAGGUGAUCCGGAAAAACUUGGUGAAGAAAUGCUUGGAACUCUUUACUGAGCUUGCAGAAGAUAAGGAAAACUAUAAGAAGUUCUAUGAGCAGUUCUCUAAAAACAUUAAGCUUGGCAUACAUGAGGACUCACAGAAUCGCAAGAAACUGUCAGAAUUGCUGAGAUACUACACUUCCGCAUCAGGGGAUGAGAUGGUGUCCCUGAAAGACUACUGUACACGAAUGAAGGAAAACCAGAAACAUGUGUAUUACAUUACAGGUGAAACCAAAGAUCAAGUAGCAAAUUCUGCUUUUGUUGAGCGGCUUCGUAAACAUGGUUUGGAAGUAAUCUACAUGAUUGAGCCUAUUGAUGAAUAUUGUGUACAGCAGCUAAAGGAGUUUGAGGGCAAGACUUUGGUUUCAGUAACAAAAGAGGGUCUGGAGCUUCCUGAAGAUGAAGAGGAGAAAAAGAAACAGGAAGAGAAGAAAACAAAAUUUGAAAAUCUCUGCAAGAUCAUGAAAGAUAUUCUUGAAAAGAAAGUAGAGAAGGUUGUAGUCUCGAACCGAUUGGUGACUUCUCCAUGCUGUAUUGUGACCAGUACAUAUGGCUGGACUGCUAACAUGGAGAGGAUCAUGAAAGCACAGGCACUCAGGGACAACUCCACGAUGGGCUACAUGGCUGCCAAGAAGCACCUGGAAAUCAACCCUGACCACUCCAUCAUUGAGACUCUAAGGCAAAAGGCAGAAGCAGAUAAGAAUGACAAGUCUGUGAAGGAUCUGGUCAUCUUGCUGUAUGAGACUGCUCUCCUGUCUUCUGGCUUCAGUCUAGAGGAUCCUCAGACGCAUGCCAACCGUAUUUAUCGAAUGAUCAAACUUGGUCUGGGCAUAGAUGAAGAUGAUACUGCUACAGAAGAAGCUAGCCCAGCAGUUACUGAAGAGAUGCCCCCGCUUGAAGGCGAUGAUGACACAUCACGUAUGGAAGAAGUGGAUUAAAUGGCUAACUACUUGAGAGAAAUUUUGGAUAUUUCCUUUUGCCCUUGGCUUUGAAUAAGUUAUAUUUUGUAUAUUAUGAAUGUGACCUGCCAAAAAGUCUUUUGACACUUGUCUGCAUUCCCUCUUUGUAUUUAUUUUUGGAGAUGUUAUACCUUUAUUUUUGUUACAUUGCUUUUUUUUUUUUUAAGGUAAUGUGAGAUGCCAUUGAGGGAAUAUCCUUUUUUGAUGUAUAACACUGUACAAUCUUAUAUACUGGUGAGUAAGGAAUAUUGGUUAGUGUGUCAAUGGCAG